UGAAAAGUGUGGUGGCCAUGAAAGAUUCAAUGACCAUAUUAACGCCGUCCCUUAAUGCCAAUGAACAUCAAAAAAUGUCCAAUCUCAAACCGAAUCGUUCACGUUUCAUGAUCAAUGAUAUAUUGGCGGGUAGUGCUGCCGCCGCUGCAGCCGUUGAGGCUGCCAAUGCGGCGGCUGCCUUCUAUAAACAACAGCAGCAGCAACAGCAACAAAAUAAUAACAACAAUAACAACACCGGAGAAACAUCACAUUCCCCCACAUUGCAACAGCAGCAGCAACAACAACACCAACAUCCGCAUCAUCAAUCGCCACCACAUCAUUUAGCCACACAUCCCCUGCAUCCAGCCUUACAACAUCCUCAUGCUCAGCAUCCGGCUUUGGGCCAACCAUUGCCAUUAAUUGCUGGCCAUCAUGCAGCAGCCGCAGCAGCAUUAGCUCAUCAUCAACAGCAGCAGCAACAACAACAUCAUGUCAAUGCAAAUUCCCCCCAAGGAUUACCAGCAACUGGAGCUGGACCCCAUCCGAAUGCUGGUGGCCAUCCGAAAAUGCAUGGAUUUCCCGUCGGUGCAACACAAAUGGGUUCGAAUGGUUUAAAUGUGGCCCAAUAUGCUGCUGUCAUGCAACAACAUUAUGCCCAGGCGGCAAAUGCAGCUGCGGCAGCCCGGGCAGCGGCUGUGGAGCGAAAUCAUGGUGCCGAAUUGGAUGAUAGCAGUGAUUAUCAGGACAAUGAAGAUUGUGAUAGUGAGAAUGGCAGCGGUGGACAUUUGGAUGAUAACAGCGUUUGUAGUAAUGGUGGCAAAGAUGAUGAUGGCAACAGUAUUAAAAGUGGCUCGACCAAUGAUAUGAGUGGUUUAAGUAAAAAGCAGCGUAAAGCUCGUACCGCCUUUACCGAUCAUCAGCUGCAGACAUUGGAGAAAUCAUUUGAACGCCAAAAAUACUUGAGUGUACAAGAGAGACAAGAGUUGGCCCACAAGCUGGAUCUCAGUGAUUGUCAAGUUAAGACUUGGUAUCAGAAUCGAAGAACUAAAUGGAAACGUCAAACAGCCGUUGGCUUGGAACUUCUGGCCGAAGCAGGAAACUUCGCAGCAUUCCAACGUCUGUACGGGGGUUCACCCUAUAUUGGUGCCUGGCCAUACCCUGGUGCUCAGGCUGCCCAUGCUGGUCAUCCACCCAACUCCAUUGAUUUAUAUUAUCGGCAAGCGGCUGCUGCAGCAGCUAUGCAAAAACCUUUACCCUAUAGUUUAUAUGCUGGCGUACCAAAUAUGAGUCACUUGGCUGGUUUACCAGUGGCAGCAGCUGCGGCACCCUUUUCACACUUAACCGCAUCCAGUUCAUUGUCAUCGUUAAGUAGUUAUUAUCAGAGUGCAACAGCGGCGGCAGCUCAAACAAAUCCACCCACCUCACCUCCACACACAGCCAAUGGACCAACAACGGCAGGUGCUGUCGGAGCUAAUGGUGGUGGUCUUAUUAAGCCCAUACCAACCAGUCCCUCACCCACACCCCUGGCCGAAUCAUCGCCUGUACAUGCCGGUACACGAUCACCAAGUCCCACCUUAAAUCCCGGCAGUCCACCAGGACGUUCAAUUGAUAGCUCAUCACAAAAUCAAUCCGAUGAUGAGGAUCACAUACAGGUUUGA